AUGCUGUUUCAGGCUGGUUUAAAAAAAUGGAGAGCAAGAUUUUGAUCUUUCUGGUAACUUUGCAAGGUAGGAAACGCAUUCAUUUUUUUUAACCUUUGGUGAAACGGAUAUCCAAUGUUAGCUUAGAAAAACCAAAACGCGUGAACUUUUGAACUAGAUCUGAAAAUGAAACUUCAUACUUUUACAUAAUUUAUAAAAAUAAAGAAAUAAAUAAAAGACAAUAACACAGCAUUUUUUCUGCCAGUAGUUCACACUGUAGCAUGAUAAUAAAUCAAGAAAUUUUAAAUAGAAUGUAACCCAUAUAAAAGUUAAAAUAAAAUGCGCGGAAAAAUUAACAUCAUGCUUUAAAAAACUUGAAAUUAGAUUCCUUUUAAGCAUUUAAACUAAACAAGUUUUUUUAUUAUUAUUAUAUAUAUAUAUAUUUUGUGUUAUCUGUGAGCUGCGGCAACAAAAUGAGUCAUCUCACCUUAAUAAAACUGACUGCAACCAAUGCAACAAUAAUGAUGUGAAAACUAUCCAAUUUUUGUAAAUGCGUCACAUUUCCACUUGAUAAAGCUCAUGUUUACUGAAUAGCAAGAUGAGAUUCAAAAAAGUACAAAACUGUAGUAAGGUGGAAUCCAAUUAGGAGCUUUUAAGUGGAAUACCUGUUUCAUUGUUGUGCGCACAUCCAUGUCAGAGAUAUAAAUGUCCAGAAAUAAUGUUUCAACAUUCAUGUUUUCAUGAACUUUUUGGGAUGAAUAUCGUGUCAUCUGAAUUUUUCUUCAAGAAUAACAGGAUUGGUCACCUGUUCAUGCUUGGGGUACUUAAUGGGUCUACUUUCCGUCCACCACUUUGAUGAUGAAGUUUUAUUUUUUCACCACAACAGGUUGCGUUUGUUCACAAAGGGAAAAUAGUGAUUUGAGAGUUUGAUUGUUGUUGUUAAUCAGACUCAGUGAGAUAAAAAGCAACAAUUGGUCCAUAAAUUAUGUUUCUUCCUUGUUUUGCCCGUAGGUGUGUGGAGCUGGAAUGUGGUCGCCAAGGAUCGGUGUGCUUUAAAAGGAGCAUCAGUGGUGAUAGAGUGCCAGUAUGACUAUAAUCUCUUUUAUAUUGUCACUUCAGUGCAGUGGAGUAAAAGACUGCACAUGUCUGGGAACCCCAAACUGGUCCCCCUUUCUCAGAUCUCGUCAGUCCAAGGUCGCUUUAAAUAUGUGGGUGACAAGAGUUCUAACUGCGGUCUGCAGAUCAACGAUGUACAAGAUUCUGACAAAGGACUGUACGUUUUUGAAUUUUGGACAACCCUAGGAGGACCUUACACCAGUGAAAAACCAGCUCAAUUAACUGUGUCAGGUAAUAGAAGGAUAAAAACGUCUAACAUCUCUCUGGUCUGUUUGGUUUUAGUUGAAAGGUUUCUGUUAAAAUGUUUUUUGUUUGUGUUUCUGAAUCAGACUUGGUCGCCGUUGUUCAUCCCAGCACUGUGACUGAGGGAGACAAAGUCAGUCUGACCUGCAAGUCAGACUGUCUCACACCUGUAAAACCGGUCUGGUUCAGAGAUGGAAAAUUUGUGUCUAGAGAUGUCUUCUUGGCCAGAGGAGAGGACGGUGGGAGGUAUUACUGUGCAGUAUCUGGACAAGCGAGAGUCAGAUCGGCCUCUGUGGUUCUUAAUGUUCGAUGUAAGCACUCAAACAGAGAUAUGCACGGUUUAUUCAAAGUAGACCUACCUGCAGUGUCAUGUGUUUCACUUACACCUAAAAGAAAUCUUUGGUUUCCUCACUCAGAUGCUCCCAGGAGAGUCUUACUGUCAGUGAACCAAUCACCAGAGGUCAUUAAAGGUGAAGCAGUGACUUUCACCUGUAGCAGUGAUGCAAACCCAUCUGUGACGCAGGGCGGUUACAGCCUGUACAAAGAUGGACGUCCCGUAAGCACAGGGUGGACUUACACAAUCUCUCACGUCCAGCCGAGUCACAGCGGACUGUACCACUGUCAGGCCUGGAAUAACAUCAGCAGGUCGGGAACAGACCUGUUUAACUCCACCGAGGUUCAUCUCGAUGUCCAGUGUAAGUGUGCUGUCUUAUACACAGAAUUGUUUUCUUUUUCUUUCUUUUUUUCUGGUUUGAUUCGUCCAAGAUACUGUAAUGCUGCUGCUCACACAAAGAAACCACUCAGGUAGCAAGUUGUUGUGCUUGUGCAAGAGAAAAAAAAGUACAGUGAUGUAACAGUCAUUGCAGUAACACUCAAAUCAGGAAACAAUUCACAAUUUAAAACUUCCCCUGUUCGAUUACAGUUCCUUUCUGCCUUGACAGUAUGUCUGUAAAUAAGUUUCUCCUGGUAAAAACUUCCUUUUUUUGAAAGUACUUGUGAAAGUGCGAUAACAACUUUUGACUUGGGUUGCCAAACCGAGGGGUGUCUGCGGUCUAUUCAUCCACAAACACACAAAUUAACAGCAUUUAUCAUCUUAUUUUUUGCUAUUAUUUUCAACAAAUAUCCUAAAGUUGCUAUAUUCUUGUGUUUAUAUUUUAUUUUAUUGAACAGAAAUACAAAGAGGCUACACUAAGACACAUUCAACUUAAAUCUUUAAAGGCUAGGAAAAAAAGACAUUUUUCCAAGUCAACAUUUGAGGCUCCAACCAAAGAAAAAGUCCAGAAUUUAAAAACAAAGACAGACACGAACAUCCUGAUACAACACAGCAGCUCAUCACAAGACACACGAAGGCCGCUCUUUGGAAAAUUUCCACCUCACAAAGCCACAGUCCCUACAAACCUUCAUUCAAAGCUUUUAAAAAGGAAACUGCAGUAUGGCAGGGGGUUUUUCUCUACACUACAUUGUCUACUUGCAGGAUUUUUGAGGUCCUUAAAGUCCCACUCCAUUGUUUUUUGUUUUUUUUUUUUACUACUUCAAGUGUUCUCAGUGGUCUUUAAGUUGUGAAUUAGCGAUUCACCUCUGAGUCGUGGGCGGAGACAGCACUGCUCUGCACACUUCUCUUUAUGCUAGUUUGCAGCCGAACAUUGCCGGUGUAGUAGAAAUGGCAGGUAGCAUAGGAGUUAUUCAGCUCUGGGACACUAAUGUCUUUGAGGGCAUCAUGAAAGCUAAUAUCACAAUCAACUUUCUUACAAGCGUUGCAAUCCGCUAACGCACACGCUUGUUCAGCUAUCGUCCUCGCUACUUCUCACAGUCUGGCCUACAGAGCCUGGCUCUGGGGGCGGAGCUUGGAUUUGUGACAUAGGAAAUCUCACUGUGUCUGAGCCUGCUGUUUGGGUCUGCCAGAGGGUCACUGUGAUUUGAAUGCAGAAAUACUCAGAAAUGCUAUUUUGCACUUAUUUUUCUCAUUAUGUGUCCUGUAGCAUCAGAAAAAUGCAACAUGAACAUGUGGACAACAAGAAAAACAUGUUUUUCAUUGAAGUGGGUUUUGAAGAGAUGAGUGUACGUUGUGAGGAAAGAAUAAAAAGGCAGCUCUGUCUUGUAAAUUAUGUCUUCAGGAGAGUGCUGUCAGUGCCUUUGUUAACAUAGAUUUUUUUUGUUUCUUUGUUUUUUCCUUUUUUAGACCCUCCAGAAAAUAUUUCCGUUUCAAUGACCUCUCCUCAUGUGACUGAGGGCAGCGGUAUGAAUCUGACCUGCAGCAGCUCUGCUAACCCUGCAGCUGUAAACUACACCUGGUUCAGGAGGAUAUCUUCUCCCAACUCCAGCUCUCUGCUCCAGGUGGGGUCAGGACAGGUGUUGUCUCUGCCGUCUGUGGAGGCGUCCCAUACUGGACUCUACCUCUGCCAGGCCAGGAAUACACUGGGGGAGAACAACUCCACAGAGGUGCUGCUAACAAUGGCGGCGGAAAACUCUGGUUUGUCCAAUAACAGACACAAAUAAUCUUUUUGAAAGAUUGACUUUCAAAUGUUUAGAAACUCUGAUAUUUUAACGUUAUUCAUUCAUUUAACAUUUACACUAAUCUAACCUCAUUUUAUGUGUCUCCAAAGGCAUUCAGUCUGUCCUAGUCUUAGCUGGAGUUGGAGUCUUUCUCCUUCUGUUGCUGCUGUUCGCUCUUCUGUUUUUCUGGUGAGUCAAAGUGUGACCUGAUGACUCGUCAUUUUCACCCUAUAUAUGGGCAUAUUUGAUUUUUCAUGAUGAGUAAUAUUUCUCAUGUUUACCCAAUUUUACCACCACUGCCUGUGUAAUGGUGUGUGGUUUAUGUGUCAUCUGGGUGAGUUCAAUUCUGUAGCGACCUUUAACCCAGUUGUUCUUCUCAUCUGUGUCUUAGAGUCAGUGAUGGGAUUUCACUAUAAAAGCUUUUGAUAUUUUAACAUUCUGAUUCAGUGAUUAUGAUAUAAGCAAAUGAUACUUUUAUUUAUUAAAAUGUAUCACAGACUAGUAUAAUAAUAUAGAUGCUGAUAAAUGAUAUAUACUCUGCCCUGACUCUAUGUUUAAAGCUGAUAAAUUUGAAGUUAUGGAUGAAGAACUAGGCUUCCUCACUCAGGAACUCUGGGUAGGUUCACCGAUGAACCUUUGACCCACACUGAAAACAUUUCAAAUUUACAUACAAUAUGUGUGUCAUACAUUUCCACACAGCAAGGACAUUGCCAGUCAGUAUCUGUGUAGUAAGCAACAGUUGUAGAGGUGUCAAACGCUUGUGUUUCCCAACUUCCCGUUCCUGUUGAGUGAUGCAAAAGAUUAUACAAACGUGUUUUUUCUUGUUUUGUUUGGUAAUAUAUUAGUUUUAUUUUUUUUUAUCUUGCUAGGAGGAAAAAGAUGACCUAUGGAAAAAAAAGAGUGAGUACAUCUGAUCAGAUUUGUCAUUAAAGAGGUAGCAUAGAUUGAAAAAGGACCUUGAAAUAGGAUAUCAGUCAUUCAAACUGCCUACCUAAACUUCUGAGGCUAAUUACUGCUAACGACAAUGUCAGAGAUGCUGAAAACGUUUCUUAAUCUGUUGAACAAGAUGCCGUAAAUGCUGGUGUUGUUCUCUCAUAUUUAAUGUGAACAUCUUGUGACUACAUUCUUAGAUAACAUCAUACACAACACCUCCAGCAGGGAAGUUUGAGCACUUCAGUGACUGAAGAUCCAUUGGACAACAUUUACAUGAACACCAGCGCGCUAUCAUCCUCUCCUCGAUCAAAGACGGGGUCCCGCAGCAAACGAGAUGCCAACAUGGUGCACAAACAUGUAUUUUCAACACAUCUCCACUCCCAUCAAUCAAAUACCUGUGUGUCGAGUGAAUUGACGCUUUUCUUUCUCUUUAGGCUCAAACAUCUCAGGGGGAUGACGUUACAUACACAGAAGUGACCAUCAAACCUCAGGGGGAUGAUGUUACAUACACAGAAGUGACCAUCAAACCUAGAAACCCUCAUCCUCAACUUCUCAAGAACAACAACAACAGGGCAGUGAGGGACUCUGGGUAAGUUCACUGGCACUAAGAAUAAUAAAACAUGGCAUAGUUAAGUUUUAAGUAUUUACAUUAAUGGGAUGUUUAUUAUUAUUAUUAUUAUUAUUAUUAUUAUUAUUAUUAUUAUUAUUAUUAUUAUUAUUAUUUUAAAUCAAUUUAUUUAAGUUUCUUAAAUACAUAUAAAAUAAAGAGCUGCAUAAAUCUGUUAUUCUGAAAAUAAUUUAGUUUAUGUCAUUGAGAUAUGAUGAGCUGUGGAUCAAUCAAGUUUCAUUUCGUUAGAAUUCAUGAGAUAGAAACAAAUUGGAGUUAUUAAUGAUGAAUAUAUAAGUCUUCAUUAUUUAUUCUAAACAUAUUGAGUUUAUUGGUAUUAUUACAUAAAUCCAAUUCAUAAUUGUUUCAUUUAUAUUUGAAAGACAAAUAUGCAACACAUAUCUAAGUAAUUCAAAUGGAUGGAAAUGUUGUAUUCAAUGAGGCCAAAAUAUUUCUGAGUGUGGCAACCUUUGACCUACACUGAAAAACAUGACAAAUUUACAUACAAUAUGUGUGUCAUACAUUCCCACAUACCCCCCGCCUAUGAUAUCAUUCAGGAUUAGGAUAAUUUCAUUUUUUCAAGUAAUAAAUACAUUAAAUACUGUUUAAUAUUCACUCUAAAUUAGCAUCACACAGUUUUUUAAUGUGUAAUCACUCCACUCUGGAUCAGAUCAAAUGUACUCAUCCUAAAGUUUGGAAACACCAUCAACUCAAAAAGGGAAAUCAAGGCCAAGACAUCGAUGAGUCAUGAGGCAUCACUGCAGCUGUGAAUAACAGCUCAUGUGUUUAUCGUAAGAGAGGCUAAAAAAUAACAGGAAACAUCAUUUCCUUCUCAGGUCCAGAACAGGAGAGAACGAGGACUCAGUGAUCUACUCCACAGUGACUCGAUCCCGCUGAGGAUGACCGUCACCCGUCACUCCUUUGACUUGAGUUAAUUUAUCAGGAAAAUAAUAAGUUCAUGUGAAGCUGUCUCUCAUAAAGGUUCAAAAUUCUACGUUUUGGACUCUUACAGGGUCUAAAAGCAUGUGAAAUGCUUCUUAAACUGUAAAGCUUUAAUGACUGCUUCAUUUUUUUCUCUAAAACUUCUGACAAUGAAAAUUACAUUGUCUUUCUGUUGUUUACAUACACUAGUUUGUUCAGUGUCUUUCAUAAUAUAUUUAUAGAUAUUUAACUUAGGCCUAGGUAUUUUUGAUAAGCUCAUGUAGUAAAUUUUAUUUAAGUUUGCUGUGUAUGUGGAUUCAGUUUUGUUACAAUAUUAAAGAUACUGGUAUCUAAAAAUAAAGACAUCUUUUUCUCAGUGUGAAA